UCUUUGUUUUAUUAGUCUAACCAGAAAUUGUCCGAACAACUAUUGUUUAUACAGGAUCUUCAAUUUUGUGUUUUAAUGGAAAUAUGUUCGCUAUACCGUAUCAAGUGUAGAGGAAGAUUUUUUAAAAAAAAUUGUUUUGUUUAAAAAAGAGUGAAAAACGUUUAUAAGCAAAAUCGAAAGUGUAAACAGUAUUGUGUUCCAUUACUUUUGGGACAAUGGCGACAAUGGCGCAACUGACUUCUGCUAGGUCAGGAAAUCGGGAAACUUUGUAUGGCAGAUGCUUAUGUUGUUUUGUGACAAACCUAAAUUAUAAUCAAUGCAAUCUAAGUCGUGUCCAGUAUUUACGAUAUUUACCUCCGGGAGUACUUAUUGACAUCUAUGUAAUGAUGUCUCAUCGAGAUGAUUUAAAGGACAUGUUGUUCGAACAAUUAGCAGACCUAGAAAUAUUUGAGCGUUUGUUACGCUUUGAUCCCUCUCGGCAGAAAUUAUUUUGCUGCUUGGCUACAUUAAUGGGUAAAGGCAAGCCAUUAGCGACACAAUUACAACAAAAUUUCACAUUACGCUUUAAACAAAAAGAAAGGCAUACUUUGAAAACAGCAUCUAAAUUAGCGACUUUAGCUAAGGCAAAACUAGCUUUGGUUACGGCGUGUUCCAGUUUUAAUAGCAACAAGUGGGGAGACCGCAAGUAUAAUCAAUGUGACGAUGAUUUACUGCGGCAGGCCGACUCCACAGCUUUCGAUGACGACAAACAAAAUGGUGUGGAUGUUAUAGACUUUGGCUUGCGUCUGGGCUCGUUUCUUUCUGAAGCUGGCUGGCUAUCGCAGAGCAUUGAAAUCCUUUCCUGUGUCAGUUUAAAACUUAAAACUAUAGAACUUGAUCCUAAAUUGAAAAUUAUCCAAGUAGAUUGCUUGCAAAGACUUUUACACUCUGAAGCUGCUUUAAGUAAUUUCAAAUCUGCCGAACGUACUUUUAAUAAAUUAACAAAUCUACUGACAGAUAUAGCGGCAGAAAGCAUACCCAAGCCCUUACUGGCUAACACCUACACUCAGUUUUCGGAGAUGUAUUUUGCUCGUAAUGAAUACGAUUACAGUCAUAUGUGGAGUGCGAUGGCCAUACAGAAUCUUGAAGAGAGUACGCCGGAGAGAAUAACAAUAGAUGUUUUGCGGCAAGCUGCAAAGGCAUGUGUAGUAAAGAGAGAUUUUCAACGAGCCAAUAUGUUGAUUUGUCAGGCUAAGCAAAGAGCAAAGAACGUUUUCGGCUCUAAGCAUCAAAAAUACGCGGACACUCUACUGGAUUAUGGCUUCUUUCUAUUGAAUGUUGAUUGUGCCUAUCAGAGCGUCAAUGUAUACAUUGAAGCCCUGGAUAUCAAGCGAUAUAUAUUCGGGAAUCGCAAUUUUCAUGUGGCCCUUGCUCAUGAAGAUCUCUCGUACGCAUAUUACGUGCAUGAAUACAGUACCGGUAAUUUUACCUGUGCUCGCGAUCACGUGGAAAAAGCUGUCGACAUCAUGCAGGACUUGGUACCCAGUGACCAUUUGAGAUUGGCUUCAGCAAAACGUGUAAAAGCUUUGCUUUUAGAAGAAAUCGCUUUAAAUAAAAUGGCAGAAGGUGCUGACGACGAGGGCUUACUGAAGCAAUCUGAAGAUCUGCAUAAGUUUGCAUUACAGUUAUCACUUGAAGUAUUCGGUGAAGUAAAUGUACAAACAGCUAAACUGUAUGGUAAUUUAGGCCGUCUUUAUCAAACCAUGAACAGAUUUGAGGAAGCUGAGCGUAUGCAUCAAAAAGCGAUUGAAAUAAAAACUGACCUUCUUGGGCCUUAUGAUUAUGAAGUGGGGUUGUCUAUCGGCCACUUGGCUUCUUUGUACAAUUAUCAAAUGAAAAAGUAUCGCGAAGCCGAAGAACUCUAUCUACGUAGCAUACAAAUCAGUUUGCGUGUGUUUGGAAGUUCGUAUUCCGGUUUAGAGUAUGACUACUUGGGCUUGUGUCACGUAUAUGAAACUCUAAGGGAAUAUGAAAAAUACUUAAUGUACGCACACAUCUUAGAGAAUUGGCAAAUACUGCGCAGCCAAAAUUUAACAAUGAAUAAAUCGAUUUACCCUGCAAUCAGUGAAGAAUGUUCCCUAGAAGAAAUUAAGUGGCAGUUUUUCAAUGCCCAAUCCUAACUGAAAUUGUUGUUGUGUUGUGGUGUUAUUCUGUAAAAUUAUAUUAUAUACACAUAGAAAUAUAAAUAUUCGUUGAAUGUGUAUUAUAAGCGUCGUGCCGUUCAUACCCACCAUGCAUUAACAAGAUUAUCAUGGAGAGAACAUAAAAUAUAAUAAAUAAGCACAUAUAGUUUAAAUAAUAAUUAUUUUUGUUAGUCAAUCAAGAAAUUCAAUUUUUGUAUAUGUAUAUGCCCACAUAUACAAUAUUUUUUACGUUAUAUACCGAUAUUAUCUAAAUCUAUGCGUAUGCACACUACUCAAAAACCGUAAUUUUAUAUACAACUUGUGAUUGCCGGAUUGCCCGAUUUUUAUAUAAACCCAGAAGUGAGCUUAUUUGGUCCUUCCACUACUUGCUUCCAAAAUGGACUCGAAUUCUAUUUUUAACAACAAUGCAAGGCGAAACCUAUAUGCAACAUAUAUUACAACCUGGAAACCUUACCUAUGAAAUUUUAUCAAAUCGUGGAAAAAUUAAUUGGUAAAAGUCUGAGAAUUGCCAACCUAUAUUUUGGUAUUUUUAUGAUAGCCAUUGCAUGCUUACAUACAUGUAUAUAUUACUGUUAUUUUAGCCAUCUACAUGCUUUGUAUCAGUUACGUUCAAUGUACCGGAAUACGCGUCAAACGCUUUAUAAUACAGCAAAACUUACGAUAUAUUUGGAACCUAUCAUUUCUCAAAAAUUUCAAAGAUAAGUCCCUAUGUAAAUUAAUCACGCUAAAUAAUUCUUGUUUUACCUUUUUGUGAAAAAGAAUUUGAUUGUGAAAAUUGGUUUUGUAAACAGAACUAAUAUUCCGAUUUUCUCCUAGAAAUCGACGAUUGUCUAGACAGAAGAUUGAUUGACAUUUUUAAAUCCGAUACGUAUGCAACAUAUAUCAUUACAUAACACUUACGGCCAACUAACGUUUAAGUUUAAUCCGACAAAUAAUAUAAACAAAGUAGGCUGCAUAUAUAUUUUGUAGCAGAGAAAUACAAAGAAUCCAAUAGGCUUUGUUCGUAAGCUUUUUCGACAUCCUUGCGCAUAGAUAAUUUAGAAGAUUUUGGCUGUUAAUUCAUGGCUUUGCUUUCUAAGUUAUAAAAACCGUUUCAAUGGUAUUGUUCUUACUAAGGAUAGUUAAGAAAAAUAUACGCGUUUUCUCCAGAUUGAUGGUUUGCUAAUAAAUAAACUUUAAAUCUACGACAUGUUCACAAAUAAUUUAGUUUGAGAUAAAUGUUUUAAUUAGAUAAGCAACGUUGUCUAUAUGUAUAAAACCAUGCAAGAAAUGAAACUGAAUUUGAUUUGAAUCGAAAUUUUACAUUCUAAGCAAUGUUCUGAUACAUAUGUAGUUCCAAGGGUCCACAUUUUGUAUAUGUAUGUGUGUGAGUAUGUGUGUUGUAAUAAGAGUAGUAUAGGUAGUUUUCAUAUAAGAAAAAAUCGUAGUUCUUUGAUUCUUAUACCCAUCAGGGAAGGUUGACGGGUUGUUAGCACGUUUGCGACACCUAGAAAAAAGCUUCAAAAACAUCGACUUAAGUCUAGUUGGCCUUGUAAUGUCUGUUGUAAACAUUCUCCUAAUCUCAAAAAUGCAGCUAUGUGCCGCAAUACAACGUAGCCCGAUAUCACUUCCUUUCUGAAAAAUAAACAAAAUGUUGUUCUUUGCUGGCUGCUUAUAAACCACGAAAAAUACAAUAAAAAGAUUUUCGGUUAUAUUCUAUAGGCGGCUCUGGAGUACUUGCAUAAGAAUGAAAAAAUCGGUCACGCCUAGUCAAUAGAGAAUAUUGAAAUUUUUUUAUUUUUUUUUUUGUUAAUAUGCAUAAAAGUUGAAGUCGCACGCAGACUGAUAUUGGCCAUAGGUCAAAUCGGUAAAAGGUUACGCCCACAAUAUAAUAUAAAUUGAAAACGUCUUGUCUUUGUGACUUUUUGUCUACUAUUCAUUAACUACAACAGAAACGCCAUGUAAAUUUGCACCUUCAUUCCCCAAAAUAGAAAUAUUUAGCCACUCUGAAAUAU